UCCCCAGGCAACAACAGAAAAAUGACUGACAAAGUUUAUGUAAUUGGUGAUGGACUGACAGAAGGUUGCAUGUUUUGUACAAACAAUCUCACCCAAGUUUUCUGGAUUGAAGGUACUACAACUUUAUCUACAGACGUGAACCAUAUUUUCUUCUGACCACAUCAGCAGAAUGUCUUGAAAUGUCAUCAACAGCACAGUGAUGGCACGGAAACAUUUAGGAAGUACUUAAAGGAUUCUUCCAAGAAUUGCACUGUGAUUUUCUAAAGCAUUUUUUAAUUUUGUAAAACAAUAAGAAAGACCCAGAAAAAUACUUUCGAGCAAUUGAAGGAUGAGUAUGAAGGAAAUCGUAUAAAUUAAUUAUAAUUGUGAUGUUAUAUAUUGGACUUGGUUGAUGCUGCAGCGGUACAUGAGUGAAGCAGAGAACCGAAGAAACCUGGUGCAGCGCUCCCAGGGCAGCAACGAGCUUAGCUGAAACUCUGUGGGCAUGGCCUUGGAUACAAGGAGUUUUUUCUCCUCUGGAAAAUUUGGGCAAAGGUAGCACCAACUGGUUGCUAUCCUGAACAAUAAAGCUGUAUAGAUCAAUUGCAGGAUCAAGAUGUGGACAAAAUGGCUGAGAAAAGGAAGAAAUUUAUCUCUUUGUCAUGGCAGAAUAUGGUGGGGAAACAUGACAGCAAAAAUACUUUCCUGUAAGAUCACAACAGCAUUUCUUUCUUUAAUUAUUGCAGAGAAAUGCGGAGCUUAUGAUGUGAUGUUCAAGCAUAGUCUUGUGCCUGAUGGGCAGCCUCUUGUUAUUAAAUGUUCACUGGAAAAGAGCUUCAAUUUUAAAAGUGGAGACUGCAACUUAACAUGGUAUAAAGUUGGUAACCAAACUGCAGUGCCUAGAGACAAACUUUCUAGAAUUCAUCAGCAGAAGAGUUUAAUUUGGUUUCUCCCUGCAAUAUUAGAAGAUUCUGGAAAUUAUGAAUGUGUCAUAAGUUGCAGGAAUUUGACAAGCUGCAGCAAAAUGUCUACAGAAGUAACAGUUUUUGAGAGGACCAAUGGCUUAUGCUUAAAUGAAAAAUUUGCUGUAGAGGAGGUGGUAUUCACUUCAUCAUCUGCAAAGCUUGUGUGUCCACACUUGGAUCACUUCAGGAAUGAGGAAAAUAUUCUACCUGUUCAUUGGUAUAAGGACUGUCGGCUACUGGAGGGAAAAAGAUUUGCCUUCUUAAACAGCGACCUUGUGAUUUUCAAUGUGACUGUGCAAGAUCAAGGAAACUAUACAUGCAAAACAACAUAUACCUAUAAUGGAAAGCAAUAUGACAUUGCACGAGACAUAAGACUGAUUGUAGAAGUGAGCCCACCAAAAAUGCCCCCAGAAAUAUCUUAUCCACAGAACAACUCAAUUGAAGUGGAACUUGGUUCACUGGUCACAGUGGAUUGCAAUACAACUGGUGCUGAUGGGUUUGAGGUGUUUUGGACAGGCAACGGUGUGUAUAUUGAUGUGUUUUAUGUGAGCAGAAUUUUUGCAAAGCCCAAUAACGAGGAAACUGCUUACGAUGGACGCCCUAUGUAUUCUGUGAAGCUCAUAAUUUCAGAAGUGCGUAGUGAAGAUUAUGAACAACCAUUCAUCUGUCAAGCUUCAAAUGCCUUUGGACAGGUUGCAUCCUAUAUUAUAUUAAAACACAGAGUUCCUGAUGUACAAAGAUGGCUGACUGGAGUGUUUGUCUCUUUCUUACUGUUAACGUUCAUUAUUCUGAUCAUCUAUAAGAUUUUCAAGAUCGACUUGGUGCUUUGGUAUCGUAAUUCUGGAUGUGCCUUUGUAAGUAAGGAAGAUGGAAAAAUCUAUGAUGCAUGUGUCCUGUACACAAAAGGCUGUGAAGGCAGCAACUUCUAUCGUCUGGAAACCUUUGUUCUUAGAAUACUCCCCAACGUUUUAGAGCAACAAUGUGGAUAUAAUCUCUUUAUAUUAGGAAGGGAUGACCUACCAGGAGAAGCUGUGGUCAGCAUUGCUGAUGAAACCUUCAAGCAAAGCAGAAGACUGAUGAUUAUUUUGGGAUCUGAAACAUUUAGUUGCAUCCAGUUGGAAGAUGCCUCUGAACAGCAAUUAGCUUUGUAUAGUGCUCUUAUCCGUGAUGAGACUCAAGUGAUCCUUAUAGAAAUGGAUGGAGCGCAGGACUACACAAGCAUGCCAGAAUCAAUCAGAUAUAUUAAGCAAAAGCACGGGGCUAUCCAGUGGAAAGGAGAUUUCUCAGAGAAAUUUUGUUCAGCAAAUACAAGAUUCUGGAAAAACGUGCGCUAUCAAAUGCCAGCCAAGAAAAAAGUGUCUUUUUCUGAAAUUUAUUUGUCACCUCAAACUUUGAACAAUUCUGCAGCAAAGGGGAAUUAAGAUCUACUUACCAAAAUAGUACUGAGAAGGUAAUUCGGAAAUAUGUUUUCUACACAAAUUCUUUGUAUUACGAACAGAGCUUUUUUUGGUCAAAAAGUAAAAACUGCUCAUCCCUUCCUGGAAAUUACACCUUAAAAGGAAAACUGUGCAACUGUGUUUCUGUUUCAGCUACAAAUAAUGGCACAACUUACUCAGGCUUAUGCCUGAAUUAAGCAUUGUGGAUGUUGGCAUACUGUUCAGGAGUGGUAAUCCACAUUAGUUUAAUGUCCACUGAAGAAUCAACUGUGAGGUCUGUUUGUUUUCUAAUUCAAACUGCUGUUGAUGUUUAUGUAGACUGCAUUUUCCUAGCAGUUCUGUUCCUCUUGUUUUUGCCCCUCCAGAAUUAUCUGACCUCAUUACCGUAAAAAUCUGUACUGUGCAAGUUUUGGAGUCCACUCUUGAGUAACAAGCCUUACCCUUGUUUCUUGCAGGGGAUAGGGAAAUACUGGGGAGAUUUGAAAUGCCUCACAGUACUGCAUGCAUUUCAGUUGAACCAGUGAUUACCAAAUAUGCUAAACAAAUGGAGUGGAAUUCAUGAAUUCUCACACAUUUAUUAAAUAAUUCUGUAAUA